GUUUAAAUACAUAUCCAAACGUCCCUCAUUCUUUCACGAGCUUCUCUGUUCCGUAAAAGUAAAUCUACCUACUCAAAAUACAGAGGCUGAUCUCCAUCUUGCCGUUUCGAUUCAAAGACUUUAUAACAGGGUAUUCAAUUCGUAAUAACAAUUCCUACCGCGAAGAACGACAGGAUAUCCACUUGAGAGGAAAGAAGAAGGGACGUUAGGGAAAAAAAGAGAGGGCGAGAUGAAUAUGGCAGCCAAUGCUUCGAUGGCGGAUGGGAUGGGGGGGAUGCAUAUGGAUGAUAUUGGGACGUGUAAGGUUGGGAGUGUAAGUUCUUCUCCUCCUCUAUCUCUCUAUCUCUCUCUUUCUAUUUCUCUCUAUCUCUAUCUCUCUUCCGAGAUCCCAGGUUCUGAGUUCCGGACCGCGGAUUUGCAAAGCGAGAGUUCAAUCGAGAAUUCUCUCCGUACAUCUGAAGAACUCAACAAGAGAAUCUCAAAACCUUCGACUCUUCAAGCAAUCCUUCCCUUCCCUCAACUUCUCAGAAGAAGCAAUCCCAACCCUCACUCUGAUUCCCACCCCACCAAAGCCCCCAACACCCCCCUCAAAACCAAACUAACAAACCCCAGAUGCUCUGGAACUGGUACACCAUAGACGCCUGCUUCAUCUCCCCCUCCUGGCACAUAACCAGCACCGGAAUGUUCGCCGGCUCCUGCAUCGGCGUCAUCCUGCUCGUCAUGUCCCUCGAAUUCCUACGUCGGUCCGCAAAAGAAUACGACCGGUACAUCCUCCGGCAAUUCCAGCGAUCGCUCAACAUCCCGCCUCAAAACCAGACACAAAACACAAAAUCGUGUUCGGAUUCCGAAGAAGCAGUCAAGAUAGUGGCACAAAUUCAGUUCAGGCCGAAUCUAAUGCAGCAAGCGGUCCGCGCGACGUUCCAUAUGCUCCAGUUUGCGGCGGCGUAUUUUGUCAUGUUGUUGGCGAUGUAUUAUAAUGGGUAUUUGAUUAUUUGUAUUAUUAUUGGGGCGUGGUUGGGGGCUUUUGUGUUUCAGUGGGAGACUAUUAAUUUGAGGUUUGCUCCCCCCCCCUUCCCCUCUCUCUCUGAAAGUUUGGGGAUACUAAUUUUGAACAGUGGAGUUGGACCUCAAGAGGAGGCUACGUUGUGUUGUGGAUAAGCGAGGGUGCGAGGAGAGUCUUCGAUUCAUUGUUUAUAUUUUUGGGGAAAGGACUUGGGGGUAAGAAAGAGUUGGGAAUUGAGAUGAGAAUUGGUAUUAGAUAAAUAUCUAUAUGUCUAUGAAGAACACCGGUCCAUGGCUAGCUUGUUAGAUGC